GUGGCUUCCUGAUAGAGGAGUGUCGAAGAGAGGCUGGCUAUGUCAUAGUUAUCCUUAUUUACUCAAAAAACGUCUCCCUUAGAAUGGUUUUUUACAAUAUUAAGCUCACUUAAAACUAUUGCUGAUGAAAGUUAGCUUAGCUUUACAUGCAGUACAGUACAGUGACACUUAUGUGACAGACAGAUGUAAUUUGGUUUAUUUUGCCACUUGUACUCCAGCUUCAAUUAUAACAGUUUACGUUUUAUGGUUCAUAUGAGAUUGUAAUGUGGUAAGAUGUCAGACAACGAAAACUCCACAAGUGACCAAACAGACAAAUCAAUGGAGCCAAAAGAGCCCUCCGCUGAUACUCUGAGUGACAGCUCAAUUGAUGUAGCUCCAAACCGUAAGACCAGGAGGAGACCAGAACACAAACCUCCACAUGAGGACCAGAAGAUCCCAGAGACACCAAAACCAGCAGAAAAUUAUGCAAAAUCCUCCAUGGAGACCACUGUUUCCCAAGGAGGGUGGGGUUACUGGGGCAGCUGGGGAAAGUCUAUCCUGUCCACUACUACUGCCACUGUGGCUACUGUGGGCCAAGGAUUGUCACAGGCCACUGAGAAGGCAGAGACGUCUCUUGGAAUCCCAAGUCCCGAGGAGCUUUCUGCUCAAGUGGACAAGGAAGAAAAAACUGAUGGAUCAACCAGCAGUGAGGCAAAUAAAGAGGAAGGGGAGAGGUCUUAUGGAAUGGGUGGUGCUAUGGGAAUGAUCUCCUCUUUAACCAGUGUAGUUCAGAGUACGGGUAAAACGGUAAUAACAGGUGGUCUGGAUGCAUUGGAGUUUAUUGGGAAGAAGACUAUGGAUGUGAUAGCAGAGGGAGAUCCUGGCUUUAAGAAAACAAAGGGGCUGAUGAUCAGAAACACAACACUGUCACAGGUCUUAAGAGAGGCAAAGGAGCGUGAGGAGCAACAGACAGGUGAAAACUUAACUUCGGAAACAGACAGGAAGGCUCAUUAUGGGAUGUUGUUUGAUGAGUUUGAAGGGCUGUCACACCUGGAGGCUUUGGAGAUCCUCUCUAGAGAAAGUGAAGCUAAGGUGAAAUCGGUGUUGACCACUCUGUCCGGUGAGGAGUUAGCUAAACUAAGAGAAGAAAUACAAGAGAUUAAAGAGCCCUUUUACCUCAUGGAGUUUGAUGAUGAGGUGGAGGAUGAUACAAAAGGUGAUGAUGGAGAAGAUUUCGUAAAGGAACUAACAGAUGUUCUUAAAAGAUUACACAUAUCCACAUCAGCAGACAAACUUUGCAAGGCCAGAAAGAACGCAUUCAACCAUAUCACAAACAUGAAGCUACAAAGUGAAAACUCACAGGAGGAGAAAGAGUAGGAAACAGCAGUGGCAAAAUGCAGCAUUGAGAAGGCCCAUUUGUUUGCCAUUACAAGCCUGGCUGAGUUCACAGCCAGAUCCAUAGAGCAGUUCCACAAAACAGCUGAAAUGCUGCUUCACUGUAAUACUGAGGAGGUGACAGCUGCAGAACAAGCCAACGUCUUAUCGCAAGUUACCAUCAUUAUUUGCAAAGAGAUAUCACUACUAUCCAAAAAGUUCACAUCUUGUUUGACUACCAUUGGGGCAAACGAAAAGGGAGAGGUUCUCAAUCCACUUAUCACCAGUGUUUUUCUGGAGGCUUCAAACAGUGCAUCAUAUAUCCAGGAUGCGUUCCAGCUGCUAACGCCAGUGCUGGAAGUGUCUCAUAUCCAAAGAACAGUGGAGUCUACACAGUGAUAACCACUCAAAACACUCAACAGUGCUGAAAAUGGAUUUUAAGAACACAAAACCCACCAUGCAACUUCUUAAGAUGGAUGUAAAACUAUUUUCUAUUCAGUAAUCUAGUGCAGUUACGCACUCAGGUAGAUUUGGUAAGCAAAUUACAUACUGUACGGAGUGCACAGCUCACAGUUGAUUGGUAACUGUAAAUAUGUCACUGUUGGCUUUUUCCUAUUUUAGUAUAUUUUUGAAUAAGUGUCAGAACUCUUCCUUUAUCUGUCAAUGUAAAAAAGAAUACAGUAAUUUAAAUGUCUUUUGUCAUGUAUAAAUAUAUAAUGAAAUUGAUAGAAAUAUAUUUUUUUAAUUUUUAAAACUCUCAUUGUUUCCAAAAAUUGGUUUUAUGCAGGUCAAAUCAGUAUUAACUGUCAAUUACGUUUUAAAAUAAACAAUUGUUGUCUUCUGGAUUAUUGGAAAUAAGAAAUAUACAUACAUUUCUCUCUUAGAAAAUGCAGUUACAAUACUAUAGAGUAUGUUGUUGACUGCUUACAUAGAUGCUAAUUUGCACAGCAGAACAAACCAACCAUAGCCAGUACACAUUGCCUUUUUGAAGUGACAUUCAGUGUUUAUGCUUCCUAUGUGAGUGUAGUAAAACAAAUGUCUUCUUUAAACCUCUUUAAAAAACUAA